AUGCUCGAAUUUGGUGAUGUUAUGAAAGUAACCGCCGGGACUAGAGUUAAUCUUCCCCCAUCAGCGUGGUCUCAGAUUAUUACGUGGCUCCCUCAUUCUUCAAAUAAUGAGGUGUCACUCUUCUCUUUACUCCAAGCUUGGCAUGCGUGUGUGUAUGAAAUCUGGUGCGAGCGGAAUCGUCGAUAUCACCUCGGCGUCACACUCCCUCCAAGACGCAUCAGUCAAAAGAUUUGUCUGAUUUUAAAAAACAAAGCAGUGGCUUUGUCUCAGACUGGAGCGUCCUGUGGCCCUCCUCUGCUACUCUGCUGGUCAUGA